AACAUUGUUCUCUCCAUCUACAUAACACCUCAAAUUCUGUGAUUCGGGUAAUGGCUACCAGUGGAGGCGAUGAGGGGCAGAACAACCCUGCCCUCGACCCGGAUUUGGAUGCUCCGGAUGACCCGGAUCACGAGUUCGCUGAGUUCGGGUCGGGUUGCUUCUGGGGUGCUGAGUUGGCCUUUCAGCGAGUUGUGGGUGUGGUGAAGACUGAGGUUGGUUACACUCAGGGUCACACUCCGGAUCCGAAUUACAAACUGGUUUGCACCGGAACCACUAACCACGUUGAAGUGGUUCGGGUCCAGUUCGACCCGAAGGUUUGCCCCUACAAUGAUCUACUUGCUCUCUUUUGGUCUCGGCAUGACCCCACUUCCAUCAACCGUCAGGGCAAUGAUGUGGGUGCACAGUAUAGAUCAGGAAUAUACUACUACAACGAUACCCAAGCUCGUUUAGGCCAGGAAUCAAAAGAUGCAAAACAAUUGGAACUGAAGGAGAAGAUUGUGACAGAAAUACUUCCAGCAAAGAGGUUUUACAAAGCAGAGGAAUACCAUCAACAAUAUCUGGAGAAGGGUGGAGGUCAAGGCAACAAACAAUCCGCAGAAAAAGGCUGCACUGAUCCCAUCAGGUGCUAUGGCUGAUGAAUGAUGAUCACUUUCUUGCUGCACACUUCACCAUGUCUAGCUUCUAUCAGCCAUCUGUUGUGUACUCCAAUAUAAUAAUAUUAUCAAAAAUAAAAUAAGUCAUGGUGUAUCUUCAGAGUGCUCAUAUUGCAAUCUGGACUUUAGUUGAUCAAUUUGCUAUUUAUAUAAAUGCUUUAAAGUAAAAGUUAUCAUUUUGCAUGAAA